AUGAACCCGCGAAACAGGUGCGGCAUCUUCUACACUCACCGCGUCGCGAGCGUCAUCCUGAGUUUCUUUCUUUCCUUCUUCGGUGUCUUUGACGCGAAGCGUCCAUUAGUCCAGGCCGACCUCAAGCACUUCCCGUUCAAGUCGUUCGAGGAGAUCUCGUCCGAGGUCCUCACCAAUACGAAGGAGAUUGCUGAAUCUUACCUCUGCGACACCGUCACCUCCACUGCCGUCACCGUCCCCGCCUUAUUCAACGAUUCGCAGCGUCAGGCGACCACGGACGCCGGCAAAUCUGGCCUUACAGUCCUCCGCAUCAUCAACGAGCCCGCGCCUACGCUCUCGAGAAGAAGGUCACGAGCGAGAGUGACGUCCUCCUCGUUCUCGGUGGAUCCUCGUUCUCGGUGGAGGAACCCCGAUGUUUCGCUCUUGACGAUGGAGGAGGGGAUCUUCGAGGUCGGGGCCACCGCCGGUGACACCCGCUUGGGUGGUGAGGACUGCGACAGCCGCCUCGUCAACCACUUCGUCCAGGAGUUCAGGCUCAAACACAAAAAGGACAUCUCCUCCAACCCGCGUGCCCUCCGCUAUCUCUGCACUACCUCGAUCGAAAUCGACUCGCUCUUCGAGGGUAUCGACACAUGCACGCCGCUCACCCGUGCCCGCUUCGAGGAGUUGUGCCAAGACCUCCUCUGCUCCACCCUCGAUCCCGUCGAGAAGGUCUUCCGCUACUCGAAUCGACAAGUCGAACGUGAACGUAAGAACGUCCCCGUCGGUGGCUCGACCCGUAUCCCCCCCAUCGUCAGGCUCGUUUCCGACUUCUUCGACGGCAAGGAGCCUAACAAGUCGAUCAACCCCUACGAGGCCGUUGCCUACGGUGCCGCCGUCAGACUUCCAUCCUCACUGGCGACACUUCGGAGAAAACUCAGGACUUACUUCUCGACGUCGCGCCGUCGUCACUUGAGUAUGUCAUAUUUGUCCCUCCAUCUUUGCACGGCUUUUACUGACUUUGCCUCCAGUAUCGAGACCUCCGGAGGUGUCAUGACGCCUCCUGGUAAGCAUAACACGGCCGUCGCAACCAAGAACUCGGAGAUCUUCUCCACCUAUGCCGACAGCCUGGUGUCCUCAGCUAGGUCUUCGAGGUCCGAACUUUCCGGUACCCCGCCGGCGCCGCGUGGUGUUCCUCAGAUCGAAGUCACCUUCGAUAUCGACGCCGACAGUAUGCUCGACGCCUCCGACAAGACGACCGGCAAGUCGAACCGCAUCACGAUCACCAACGACAAGGGCCGCCUGUCGAAGGAGGAGAUCGAGCGCAUGGUCAACGACGCCGAGAAGUACAAGGCUGAGGAUGAGGACGCGGCCGCCCGCAUCACCACCAAGAACGACCUCGAGUCGUACGCCUACAACCUCCGCAACUCGCUCCAGGACGCCCGCGGGCAAAUCAAGCUCGCCUCGGCCAUCAACGACACGAUCUCGUGGCUCGACGCGUCGCAGGAGGCCUCGAAGGAGGAGUACGAGGAGAGGCAGAAGGAGUUGGAGAGCAUCGCCCACCCCCGUCAUGCAGAAGCUCUACGGCGCGGCGGGCGGUGCACCUGGUGGCUUCCCCGGCGGCGCACCGGGCGGCUUCCCUGGUGGCGCACCAGGCGGCGCGCCGGAGGACGGCCCGACGGUUGA